AUGGAACAAAUAAGUUGUACGAGAGAAGAGAAGCAAUUGCAGCGGCUGCUUAGGAAAGUGCAAGACUGUGGAUUAUAUGAUGAAAUAGAAAAAGAGACAGUUGAUAAGAAUGUAGUGAAAAAGAUAUCAAUUUUAUAUGACAUUUUUCGAAGAAUAAACGAUGAGAAGAAUGGGAAAAAUAAAGAUUUCCUAUAUACAAGUGACAUAAAAGAUUCAUUAAAAUAUGAUGAUUUUGUUCGGGUAAGAUUUCAUAUAAUCCCCAUGGAAAGAAAAAAUGGCAUAAUUAAAUUAGAAGAUGAAGAGAAUUACCAUUACAUUGAAAAUAUGAACAAUAUAAUAACGAAUAUUUAUAACCCUUCAAGUUAUGACAAAUUUGUAAAUUAUAAAAUAGAAGAAGAUAAAGAAAAAUUAAAGUGUAUGCUGAAAUUUGUUAACGAAAUUGAAUGUGCAUAUAUAUAUAAAUAUCGUAGCGAUAAUAAUAUAAAGUUAACAUUUGAAGUUUUCUGUCACAAUUUCUACAUAUUCUUAUCAUAUGAUUAUAAAAAAAAAUUGGCCAUAAAAAAUUUUAAAAAUAAAUACACCUCUCUAGAAACAAAUGAUCAAUUUAAGUUUUCUAUCCCACAAAAUAUAAUGCAUAUAAAUUCAAUUGGAACUGUUAUCAAUACUUCUAACGAUCCCUUUGAGCGUGACACUUUGGAUAGGUUAAAUCCAUUCAUUUUUGAAUCCCUCGAAAUGAUUAAAGAAUUACAUUCUACAAAAAACACACCUAUACUACUCCCAGCAAAAAUUGACAAUGACUUCUUCAUCAAAAAUACUCACUAUGAGGAGGAUAUGCGAAGAUUAAUCAAGCUCAACCGGAUUACUAACGAGUAUAAGCGUCUUCGUGCCCAUCUCUCUAAGUGA